AGCCUCCGCCUCGAACUUCCCCAGCGCCUUCUGGUGUGUCUUUGUGGACGUGGAGCGUACGCCCAGUAUCUCCUUUGCAAAUGGGCUCCGUCGCCUAGCCUUCCCCCCCCUGAGCCAGGUCACCUGUGAUCUCAAGCCGGUCGGGGUCUGCUGGGCCUAGCACUAAGCAGGGAAAAAGGGUUUACAACUUGCACAAGAACGAAGAUCAAGAAACAUGGCAGCAAUCCCGUCAAGCGGCUCCCUUGUGGCAACCCAUGACUACUAUCGAAGGCGUCUGGGUUCCACUUCCAGCAACAGCUCCUGUGGAAGUGCAGAGUACUCUGGGGAAGUCAUCCCACAUCAUCCAGGACUCCCCAAGUCUGAUCCUGGACACUGGUGGGCAAGCUUCUUCUUUGGAAAACCAACCCAUCCAGUCAUGACAACUGUAUCGGAAUCCCCAGAGAACUCAGGCACUUUCCAGGUGGCAAACGGCAUGAUCACAUGUGGCCUGGCUCAGGAAAUGAUGAGGAAGCGCCACGCCAGCGAGCCCAGCAAAACCAACACCGGUCCCACUGCGUGAGGAAGCUGAUGGCCCGCCAGCUGGCCCUUCUGACUUGGAAGGCUAGGAGUCAGAGUCCAUUUUCCACUCCCCCUCCCUGUAGAGUAGAUAGGCUGCUUCGAGUACCACUUUAGACGUAGGUUUUUAUAAAAACAAAAAUGCCAACUUAAAAAAAACAAAAACAAAUCUUCUACACCAUCUUUUUCUACUCUUUUCCUUUUUGGUCAAUGCAGCUACGUCUUUUUUUUUUCCCCAACAAAGCCUUGGUUACAUGCUUUUUUUUUUUUUGUAUUUUGUACUCGUCUACAGAAAUUAAUAAAGCCUGAGCAGCCUUUUACAUGA